AUGACGACGACCUCUACGUUACCAGAAAUAAUCGAACUCUUCUCUAAACUAGCAUUAGACCUACAAACCCAAACUCACAAUUCGCCAUUCAAUCAAUCACAAGAACAAGAGGUUAAUGAUUCUUCUACCGAUCCCUCAAUUUCAAAGCUAACUCUGUCUCUCACUCACAAUUCUAGGGUUAGGGUUUUGGACACUGCUUUAUCUCUCAUGUGCUUUAAAGCACCACAGGUUCUUGAUUCGGUGAUUGAGUAUUCAGUAAAGACAAUUGUUAGUGUUUUGUCUUCUUCAAUAAGUUGUGAGGUGUUCCGGUUUCAUAAUGAAGAGGUUUUGCAGAUUGGUAGCUUCAUUUCUCGCAGCCAUUGCGUGGAAUUAAUUGUAUUUGUUUUUGAUGUUAUUUUGAAAUUGAGGAGCAUGGAUGCACUGUUUGAUAAUCUGACCAAACUGUCAGAGCGUUGGAUUCUGAAAGAAAGCUGCUCGGAUAAUAGUCAGAAUGGGAUGAUUGGCUACAAGAAGAAAGUUAAGAAACCCAAAUUUUGUGACAGCAAGGAGAAUUCUACUCUUGGAAACAAGUAUGAUUCUCAAGUCAUUAUCCUCUGGCUCAAUCAAUUCCAGAAUAUCAUGAAGCAUAAUGAAUCCAUUGACAAGUCGGCAUGCUGUGAGGCAAAAUCUUAUGCUGUUCACCAGCAGCAUGAUAGGCUGUUCAGAAGAAUACCAUUAGGCAUCUUGAUUGGGUCCUCCGGUUAUAUGAACGAAGAUGGAUAUGAGCUACUGCUUCAUUAUGCUGCCACAAGUAGGAUACUCUCCUCACACGGAACUGAGAAUACUAGCUUAAACCAUGUGAACCAAAAUUCUUCCAGGCCAGAACAAUUGAUUGGAGGGAUUAACAAAAAGGAGGCUGUAUCAGGAGCCUGUCUUGUCUUCAGUUUAAUUGAUGUUGUUGAGAAGAUGUCUGUCUCACUAUUUGAAACUGAAGAAAGUAGAGUGGGCUUUAUAUGCAUGGUGAAAUUAAGGGCUGGCAGGUACUUGAUAAAGUGUAUCAAAAGUUUAAUCCAGUUUAAUGUUGAUGAAGAUGGAGUGCCUAUGCUUUUGGAUCUCCAAGGUAGAUUGGAGAGGUGGAGGCAUCAAGGGAAAGAAGUAUCAGAGCUUCAGAAAGAUCUAGAUGAGGCCCUUAAAGGCUUAAGCCAUGAAUUAUCAUUAUGA